AUGGCGUAUGUGUGCUAUUUAGUUGCUUUCCGUUUGAGACAGUUGUUCCACGAAGACAGUUUGAGCUCCCAAGGGGUUGAUUUGAAAAAGUAUGUCAAUUCGUCGUUGAUUGCCAAUAAGGAAGCGUUCAAAGAGAUCACCGAGCAGUUACAAAGUCAUCAUGAAGACGAUAAUGACGAAGAAGUCGAUGCAUUGAUGGCACGAUUCAAUAGUUUGAAAAGAGGAAGUAACGGAGUCUCCAAAACUGGAGUAUCAUCCUCAGCUUUGCCCUUGCAAAAGUAUCCCGAUAUGAUUUCUAAUCAGGAACUACACCAAAUCAUGACCAACGACCCUAGUAGUGUUCUAUUGAUAGACUUUAGAGUGACUAAAGAGUUUGAAGUUGCUCAUAUCAAUUUCCCAAACAUAGUCAAUAUCCAUCCAGCAGAUUUAACAUCAUUGUAUGACCUGAAGGGAGCCAGCAACGUUACUGAUGGAGAUCUUGAAGAAAAGUUGAAGAAGCAUAUACCCCCGGAUCAGUAUGAUCGAUUUAACGAACGACAGAAAUAUGAACUCAUUGUACUUUAUAAUCAAAACUUUGGGUAUAAAGGUGUUUCAAUGGAUGGUGAUAAAUUUGAAUUGUUGAAACACCUGCUUUUAGAUGAAUCCAUUGAUGCCAUACCAGCAAAUAGUCCCUUUAAAAGGUUGAUUGAUUUGCUUUGCUUUAGAAACAAAUACAUAAGUUCCAGAUUAAAGAACUUUCCUUGUAUAUUAUUGGGUGGGUUGGAUAAUUGGAAGCAACAAUAUGGUCCCAAUUCAGUAUCAAAAGUUGAUCGAAUUGCUCCUCUGUUACAAACAAAACCGUCUCUUGCUACAUCUUCUUCAAGAUUCAACUCAUUACCCCGCAAUGGUUCAAGUCCAGGCUACUUAACAAGUUUAGAUGAUUAUUUAAUCUCAGCUAGAAUAGGUGAAGCAUACCCGAAACAGUCCACUUUGGUAACAGUUUCUUCUACUAAUGGGUCUUCAUUGUAUAAGCAUCCAAGAAUAUACUCUACUCCAGAAAUGACUCAACAACAACAACAACAACAACAACAACAACAACAACAACAACAACAACAACAACAACAACAACAACAACAACAACAACAACAACAACAACAACAACAACAACAACAACAACAUCAGCAGCAACAACAACAAAUCCCAAAGCAGAAAGUCAUUGUCUCUUCUACAUCUUCAAGUUCAUCAUCAGCGUUGACAACCAAGUCUUCAGAACCGACUUCAUUAGAUUCCACUUCCUUUCUUGUUCAAUACUCCACAGGACUUACGAAUUUAGGCAACUCAUGUUAUAUGAAUUGCAUUCUUCAAUGUCUUGGAGCUACUCCACAACUUACAAGUUUCUUCUUUUCAGAAUUGUCCCCCAAAACUUCACUACCAAUUACCGGCAAUACCAAAUCAUCGUAUCGAGACCAUAUUAAUGUUCAUAACAAAUUGGGAACCAAGGGAAUUCUUACCACUAGUUUUGUAAAGUUACUUGGAGAAAUGUUUCAAAAGAAUGGUAAGUCUUUCACUCCAAUGGAAUUCAAAAAGAUUAUGGGAUCCUUAUCUCCGGGAAGACAAUUUGCAACAUUUGAUCAACAAGAUUGUAUUGAAUUUUUGACAUUUUUAUUAGACUCUUUACAUGAAGAUUUGAAUCAAGCAUUACUUUCUUCUCCGGAGGAAAGGAAACAAAUCAUGGAACUUCCACCUGAACAAGAGAAAAUAAGAGAAUCUAUACCAAUUAGAUUGGCAUCUACAAUUGAAUGGGAAAGGUAUUUGAAAUUAAAUAUCUCCAUUAUUGUUGAUUAUUUUGAAGGUCAAUUCUUAUCCCAAUUGAAAUGCCUAGAGUGUGGGAACACUUCAACUACUUACAAUUCUUUUUCAAUUCUUUCACUUCCUAUUCCUCAAAAGCUUUCUAAAACAGAUAUCCUUCUGUUACAAGAUUGUCUUGAAGAGUUUACUACCACAGAGCUUUUAGAUGAUGAUAAUCAAUGGCACUGUUCUGCUUGUAAAAAGUUUGUUAGGUCAACAAAAAAGCUAACAAUUACCAGGUUACCUCAAAUAUUGAUUAUUCACUUUAAAAGGUUUAAAUUACUGUCUAAUGGAUAUUUCAAUAAACUUGAUACCUUUAUCAAGUACCCUGUGGGAGAGACCCUAGACUUGACCAAGUAUUGGCCAAGUGCUGGGACUCCUGUGAGUGUCAAUGAUGUCUCCAUCACGAAGGAACAAGAGCAAGAAUAUUUAUCUACUUUCCCCGUACGAAAUCAAAGGCCACCCUUCAGAUACAAAUUGUACGGUGUGGCCAAUCAUUACGGUAACUUGACCACGGGACAUUACACUUCAUAUGUCUACAAAAGAGGCAAGGGGUGGUGUUAUUUUGAUGAUGCAAAGGUAACGGAGAAAUGUAAAGAGUCAACGGUGAUGAAUAAGAAUGCAUAUUGUUUAUUCUAUCAAAGAAUAUAA